GGGACGUAUUGCGACUACAAGCUUGGAUUCUCUUUAUUUGCAAGCACUGAUCCGGAACCAUAAAUCGGCAAAUAUAUCCGAUAUAUAGUCAUAAUUCCCGAGACACGGUUGAAACCCGAUGAGCGCAGCCAUUUGACUGAAACGCUGUGCGUUCAGAACAGUCUCUCCAGAUUGCUGUUGUCCUAGAGCGGCUGCGCAGAGCAAACACGAGUGCUUGAUACUUUGCUUGCUGCUGCAUCUCACAGUGCACAACUACUUCGGCACUAUCGGAUCUGGUCAAACCCAGUCGGCUAGGUGCCAACCUCUCCCACGAGAUGGCGCAAGCGGGGGAUGCAGACGGAACAGUGGCCAUGCCCCGUCUUGGGGAUCUCCUACGCCAUCCGGAAGACCUUGAUAAAAUUACCGGCCUCAAAGCGGAAUACACACGGAAAAAAGCUGCAGUUGAUUCACAACUUCGCGAAGGGCUCAGAGAUCAACUGGAGACAGUACAACGGAGCAUAAACAUUCUCAAGGAGGGCCAACGCCAGGUGUCCAAGUCGAAAGAUGAGCUCCAAGGGAUCGAUAAGCUGUGUGCCGAAUCGCAGACCAGUGUGGAUGAUUUUGCGCAGAUUGACAAGCUGGCCCGUGUGCAACGAAACUUCGAAGCAACGCUCAUGAUGAAGAAGGGACUGGAGAAUUUCAGCGCGGACAUCGCUGAGGUCGAGAGUCUUCUGAGGGAGGACGACGAGGAUAUUGAGAACCAACCCAACUUGCUCAAAGUGCACAUGCAGAUCUCUAGGUUGAGAGACUUUCGCGAUGAAGCAAUGGACCAGAUCCGCAGAGCUCGCGAUACCAGCAACGAGGAAACCCUCGCCGAUUACUUUCAAGGGUUGGAUUCAGUCAUUGAAUGGUUUGACGAGCAUUUGGGCACGGCCUGCAUGAAUCUCAUUCCUCUGGUUCAGUCAGACAACAGGAGUAUGGUGGUCAGGUUGGCCGUUGUCGUCAUGAACGAAGAAAAGAAUGACGACACAGUACGAGCAUUGCAAGAAGCGCAGAAGGACCAUGAGGACUUGGCUAGCCGUUUCAAGUCGAUGAAUAUCGGCCCUAAGAGCAUAAGAGGAUACAAGGAGAAAUUCAUGCAGGCGAUUGAAUUAUAUGCACAGAGUCAGUUCGAGAAUACCAAGGAGGACUUCCUUGGCGACCCUGACAACCUGGAGAAAGGUUUCAGGUGGUUCUUCAAUGACCUGUUCACCGUGCAGCAGGGCAUGCAAUCGUUGAUGCCCAAGAAGUGGAAGAUCUAUAAGACCUACACGGAUAUCUACCAUCGGAUGAUGCAUGAUUUCUUGAUUGGGCUCAUCGAUGACCCAGAGCUACCACCGGAUAACCUCCUCGCAAUCAUCCACUGGAGCGAAAAGUACUACAAGAAGAUGGGCAAGCUCGGCUGGAAACAGUCUGCUCUUCGUCCCAACAUUCUCGACGACCGUGAGCCUGAGCUUAUUCGACAGUGGCAGAAUAUCAUCAUCAGCGCCGUCGAAGAAUGGAUGGAGCGGAUCUCAGAGACAGACCGAAAAGGGUUUCUGGAGCGUAUCCCCGACUCACUGGAUACAAAUGCCGAGGGCUACUUCCGUACAAAGACGUUGCCGGACAUGUGGCGCAUGCUUCAUGAGCAGAUAGUGGCAUCCGGAGCGUCUGCACGGACAGACGUGACGGAGGGUAUCAUUGAUGCGAUGUUCAGAGUCCUCAAAAACCGACAGGCCGCUUGGCAGACUCUUAUCGACGAGGAAUGCAGCAAGUACAAUGGACCUGCCGACGAACACGCAGAAGGCCUGCAGUUGAUGCAGGAUUGGCUCGUCGCCGUUGCUAACGACCAGAUUGCCUGCAUUGAUGACAACGAUGAAACCGGCCAGGUUGGGUAUCUGACGCGCUUCAAACGUGACUUUGAGCCGUUAGUAAAUUCGAAUUACAUGGCUUCCCGCGCGAUGCCUGAAUUGGAUGCGCUACGCGACGGGUAUGUUGACCUGAGCACGCACUGUCUCAAUCGGUUCGUCGAGCUUGUCUUUGCCGUCGACUUCCGCACGACCAUCCCGGACUUCUUUACGCAGAAAUGGUACGGCGAGUUUGCCAUCAAGCGUAUCACGUCGACGUUCGAAGACUACAUGUCCGACUACAGUCCUGUGCUGCAUUCGUCCUUGACGGAGAUCUUAGUCGAGGAACUGUCUGACGAACUGCUUGUCAGAUACCUAUCAUCUGUUCGUAACAAGGGAGUCAAAUUCCGCCGCCACGUUGACCCGUAUACGGAUAAAUUCAAAGACGAUGUCUUGACAGUGUUCGCCUUCUUCCAGAAAUACCCGGACUCCUUCGAGGGAACCAUCAAGCAGAAGUGGCGUCUGGUCGACUGGCUGGUCCGCCUGCUGGAGGCAGAAAAGGGACCCGCCCUCGUGGGUGUCUAUGAGAACUUCAAGACGGAGUAUUGGGAUCUGCAGCUCUCGUGGGUGGAGACCACGCUCCGGACAAGAGACGAUUUCGAGAGGAGCAUGGUCAGCACAGUCAAAGCGAAAGCGGCCGAGUUGUCCGUGGAGAGAGGCAUGGAAACUCUCAUGAGCCGUAUUCGGUAGGCGAAGACGUAUGAGUUCUGUAAAUAGCACCUCCAUGGAAUAUACUUUUUGUCGUCCCAUAAGAUAGACCUAGGAAUUGCCUCGAU